GAAGUUCAGCUGCCGCCAUGUUUGUUUUACUGUCUUUCUUUUUUGACGUUUGGCACCGUCAAGUCAACACGCACGUUCGGUUCGCAGAGUCGAAUUUUCCGGAUUUUUACCGUAAAUCAUAAUCAAAAUGCCGAAGGAAAUUAAAGAAGUGAAAGACUUCCUCAUCAAGGCCCGCCGGAAGGAUGCCCGUGCCGUCAAGAUAAAGAAGAACGAAAACAACACCAAGUUCAAGAUCCGCUGCUCCCGGUACCUGUACACCCUGGUCGUGCAGGACAAGGAGAAGGCCGAAAAGCUGAAGCAAUCUCUGCCACCGGGCCUGCAGGUCAAGGAAGUCAAGUAGGAUGUGUUCCUCGGGUUUACUGAAUAGGAUGCGUUUUUAUUUUAUUCAUGGAUGAUGAUCACAAACGGUUGGAAGAGUGUUGCGCGAACCAUUCAAGCAAUGGUUCCGGGAAAAAAUAUGAAAGGAUGCCAAUAAAAGCUUGGCAAUGAGCGAUCAA